AUGACGAUCAAUCUUCAGGAAAGAUACGAAGCAGAGCGUGAGCGUCGCCUCAACGAGAAGGGACUCGGUCAAUACUUGGACAAGUCCAAGACAGCCGAAUACAUUCUUGCCGAGGACCCUUGGGUUGCGGAGGGUACGCCUGUUCAAAAACCAGUUGCAGAUGGAGGACAUAUUAAGAUAGCAAUCUUCGGUGCUGGAUUCGCCGGGCUUUGUGUGGCAGCACGGGCACUUCUCGGAGGAAGUGCGAGCAGCCCGAGUGACCUACUCGUUGUCGAUCGAGCUGGAGGAUUCGGUGGAACGUGGUGGCACAAUCGAUAUCCAGGCUUGAUGUGUGAUAUCGAGUCGUACGUUUACCUCCCGUUGCUAGAAGAGACGGGGUACAUGCCAAAGCGCAAGUAUGCUGGAGGCGAAGAGAUUCGAGAGUACACCGAUAUGCUUGCACGGAAGUUCGGCCUCCACGAUCGUGCGAUGUUUCAAUCCACUGGCAAAGCUCUCACCUGGGAUGCCGAAGCAAAGAAUUGGAAAUGCGAGGUGAUCGCAAAGCCGAAGGGCCAGCCAGAGUCUCUAGUUGGGUUUACCGCAGAUUACGUGAUCAUCUGUUCAGGCGCUUUAACGAAUGUCAAAAUGCCCGAUCUUCCAGGCCUCACGGAGUUCAAGGGUAGGAUGCUGCACACGGGCUGCUGGAAUUACGACAUUACGGGCGGAUCCCCUGCAAAUCCUGUGCUCAGCAAUCUCAAGAGCAAGAAAGUUGCGAUCGUUGGCACUGGCGCAACUGCGAUCCAAGCCGUUCCUGCAACUGCAAAGUAUGCCGGGAAGCUGUAUGUCUUUCAGCGUACUCCUUCAGCAGUAGACUUUCGCGGCAACCGUGACACCGAUCCUGAGGAAUGGAAGAUGAAAAUCGCAAAUAAGAAAGGCUGGCAGAAAGAACGAAGCAACAAUUUUCAAGCUUUCACGGAAGGCCUAAGUGACCUGCCGGACGAGGACCUUGUGUGUGACGGGAUGUCACAGAUGCCUACCCUGUCAGGAGCAUGGGGAAGUUCCCAGUUGGUCAAGCCGGAGGAUCUGGCGAGCUAUCUUGCCAUGAUGAAAGGGCUGGAUGCCUUCCGAUCUGAUAGGGUAAGACAAAGGGCUCUGGAUGUCGUCAAAGACCAAGAAACAGCUAAGUCUCUCCAAGCUUGGUAUCCAGGGUGGUGCAAAAGACCAACUUACCACGACGAAUACCUCGAAGCCUUCAACCAAUCCAAUGUCCAUCUUGUGGAUACCGCUCCCCAAGGCGUCGAGGCUCUUACAGCGAAGGGCAUCGUGCAUAACGGCAAGGAGUAUCCGAUUGAUGUAAUCAUCUGGUCGACAGGCUAUGGCUCUCCUUUCACAGAAAGCGUAGCGGGCAAGGCCGGAAUCGCAGUUACGGGUAAAAACGGGCUGGACAUGGAAGACGCCUUCAAGCAAGACAAACUGAUGUCGCUCCAUGGCCUUAUGGCUCACAACUUCCCGAACCUCUUCUAUCCGGGUGCUUUGCAAGCAGGGGUUGGUGUAAAUCAAGUCCAGCGGCUUGAGGAGCAGAGCGUGCACAUCGCUUACACGAUCAAGGAGGCUGAGCAGAGGACCAAGAGCCAGAAGACAGUCAUCGAGCCAACUGAUGAGGCGUGUGAGAACUGGGGUGACCAGUGUGCUUCCCACGCUCACAUGCUGGCUACCAUGGCUAACUGCACGCCGAGCUACUUCAACUCUGAGGGUGCGAGAGAUAGGAUGUCACCCGCGCAGCAGGCGGCAGCUGCCAGGACCGCUAUCUGGGGCCAGGGAUAUCUGUCCUAUGCGAGGAUCUUGACCGGGUGGCGUGCGAGCGGAAGACUAGAAGGUAUCAGUGUUUCUGCUGCGUAG